UAUCUCCAUUCCCGCAAACCCUAGCUACCCGCCACCGCUUCGACCUCCCCGCCGCGCGAUCAGAGCAAUUUCUCUCUCUCUCUCUCUCUCUCUCUCUCUCUCUCUCCUCUGCGGUAAGAACUUUUCCGAGCGUUCUCUUUACAAAUUCCAUUCAGUACCUCUAUUUUUAACCUGAAUUUUCAAUUCAUCUGAACAAUCAAUUCUAAUUUCAAAGCGAAACAACAUAUCAGAAAAUUCCAAGUAUCAAAGAAGAUAAAAAGAGAUUAAAAUCUAGAAAUGUCGAGAUCGUUGGUUCAACCUGUAGGUCAAAAGAGAUUAACAAAUGUCGCAGUUGUUCGUCUCAAAAAGCAUGGAAUGCGCUUCGAAAUCGCUUGUUACCCUAACACCGUCCUUUCGUGGCGUUCCGGCGUAGAAAAGGAUAUUGAUGAAGUGUUGCAGUCCCACACCGUUUAUUCCAACGUUUCCAAAGGUGUUCUUGCUAAGUCUAAGGAUUUAAAUGCUGCUUUUGGUACAGAUGAUCAUUCCAGUAUAUGCUUAGAGAUUUUAAAGAAAGGGGAACUUCAGGUUGCUGGCAAAGAGAGGGAGUCAAUGCUGUCUAGUCAGUUUAGGGACAUUGCCACCAUUGUAAUGCACAAGACUUUUAAUCCCGAAACUAAGCGCCCUUACACUAUCAGCAUGAUUGAGCGUCUCAUGAAGGAUAUCCAUUUUGCAGUUGAUCCAAACAGCACAUCAAAGAAGCAGGCUCUGGAGUUGAUUCAGGAGCUUCAGAAGCACUUCCCUAUAAAACGGUGUCCAUUGAGGGUACGUGCUGCUGCCUCUGAGGAGCAAGUACCUGCCCUUUUAGAAAAGCUGAGUGAGUGGAAGGCAGCUGUUAUUUCUAAAGAAGGAACUGGUGCUCAGUUAUCUGUUGUUUUUGAAUUGGAACCUGGUCUAUAUAAGGAUUGUCAUGACUUUGUUAUGAAUAAGAUGCAUGGAAGAUUUGAAGUUCUUGCCCACUCUCUUUAUGUGGAUGGGGAUACCCAAGUGGAUCAAUAUAAUGAUCACGAAGAUUUGCCUGCACCAUUGCCCAAAUCAACUCCUGAAUCAGUGCUAGAGCUGAAUGAUAAACUUCAAAAGCAAACAAUUUCGUCUGUAACUAGGCCUACUGAGGCACAUCAACCAAAGCAAAACAAAUGCAACACGUGUGAUGUUUCUUUUGAAGAUGCUAAGUUGUACAGGGAACACCACAAGAGUGAGUGGCACAAGCACAAUAUGAAGCGUAAAACAAGGCAACUCCCUCCACUCACUGAAGAAGAGUGCAUGGCAGAUUUGGAAUUGGUUGAAUCAAAAUCUGAUUUGAAGGACUAUUCAUUUUGAGUUGGCAAUCAGUGUGUUAAAGAUUUUUCUGGUAAUCACUUUAUGCCAUGUUUUGCGUGUACACUUGUGCCUUGUUUGUUGCAUAGUCUUGGUUCUUGUAAAAUGAUCACAUGGAAAUCCUUAAAAUUUGAACUUAGUCUGGUUAUUGUAAAAUUUUGACAUGGAAAUCCUUAAAAUUGAAAUUACCUCAAAUAUACUCCAUUACAAGUGACAAAUAUUAGUGAUGUAAUGCACAAUUGUAUAUGAAACCAAAGAGGGUUGUUCUGCUUAAUCAAGUUGAUUGUGGUUUAUGAGAAUCAA